AUGUCGAUGCUGCCAUCGUUCGGCUUCACGCAGGAGCAAGUGGCGUGCGUAUGCGAGGUUUUGCAGCAAGGCGGGAACCUGGAGCGCCUGGGCAGGUUCCUGUGGUCGCUGCCCGCCUGCGACCACCUGCACAAGAACGAAAGCGUGCUCAAGGCCAAGGCCGUGGUCGCCUUCCACCGCGGCAACUUCCGCGAGCUCUACAAGAUCCUGGAGAGCCACCAGUUCUCGCCUCACAACCACCCCAAGCUGCAACAACUGUGGCUGAAGGCGCACUACGUGGAGGCCGAGAAGUUGCGCGGCCGGCCCUUGGGCGCGGUGGGCAAAUAUCGGGUGCGCCGAAAAUUCCCGUUGCCGCGCACCAUCUGGGACGGCGAAGAGACCAGCUACUGCUUCAAGGAGAAGUCGCGGGGCGUGCUGCGGGAGUGGUACGCGCAUAACCCCUACCCCUCGCCGCGUGAGAAGCGGGAGCUGGCCGAGGCCACCGGCCUCACCACCACCCAAGUCAGCAACUGGUUUAAGAACCGGAGGCAAAGAGACCGGGCCGCCGAGGCCAAGGAAAGGUACGCGGAGGAGAACACUGAAAACAAUAACUCCUCCUCCAACAAGCAGAAUCAACUCUCUCCUCUGGAAGGGGGCAAGCCGCUCAUGUCCAGCUCAGAAGAAGAAUUCUCACCUCCCCAAAGUCCAGACCAGAACUCGGUCCUUCUGCUGCAGGGCAAUAUGAGCCACGCCAGGAGCUCAAACUAUUCUCUCCCAGGUUUAACCGCCUCUCAGCCCACCCACGGCCUGCAAGCCCACCAGCAUCAGCUCCAGGACUCUCUGCUGGGCCCCCUCACCUCCAGUCUGGUGGACUUGGGGUCCUAA